UUCAAACUUCCAGCGCAGAGCUUGCUUGGCUCCCCCAGAGGAAGCGGAGCCGCCGGAGAUGGAGCAGACUCACCAGCGCGCGGGGUGCGGGCGGGCCCGACCCACUUAUGAGCGCCUUACAGCGGAUGAAAUGGAUGAGAAGAGGCACCAGAACAUCGCCUACCAGUAUCUCUGUCAUCUAGAAGAAGCCAAACGCUGGAUGGAGGGCUGCUUGAAGGAGGAUCUGGCCUCACCAACCGAACUGGAGGAGAGUUUGCGGAAUGGGGUCACUCUAGCCAAGUUGGGUCAUUUCUUUGCACCUGACGUGUGUCCCUUGAGGAAGAUUUAUGACCUUGACCAGGCCCGUUUCAAGGCCUGCGGGCUGCACUUCCGACACACAGACAACAUCAACCGCUGGCGGGAUGCCAUGAGCCACAUUGGAUUACCCACGAUCUUUCACCCUGAAACAACAGACAUCUAUGACAAAAAGAACAUGCCUCGUGUGGUGUACUGUAUUCAUGCUUUGAGUUUAUACCUCUUUAAACUUGGGCUGGCUCCCCAGAUCCAGGAUUUGUAUGGGAAAGUCAAAUUCACAGAGGAGGAAAUAAACCACAUGAAACGUGAGCUGGAGAAGUAUGGUCUGCAGCUUCCAUCCUUCAGCAAGAUUGGUGGGAUCCUUGCUAAUGAGCUCUCAGUGGAUGAGGCUGCAGUCCACGCCGCAGUCCUGGCCAUCAACAAAGCAGUGGAAAAGGGGGUUGUGGAGGAGACCAUCCUGGCCUUGCACAACCCCAAUGCCAUGCUCUCCAGCCUUCGGGAGGGCUUCGGGGCCAUUUACCAGGAAGUUCUCUACCAGGCGAAGGCAGAGAAAGCCAAGAACGGGAAGAACCAGCAUCUACAAGAAAUCCCUGAUGGCGAAGACAUUUAUGAUCGGUGCCUGACCCAGGCCGAGAUACAAAGCAGCAUCAACAACGCAAACGCGAAAGGUGCUCUGGAGCUGGUGGACGAUGCCCUUGAGGAACAGGACCCCCAGGGGUUGUACUGCGCUUUGCAGGAUCCUGCCCUGGCUUUGAGGAACCUGCGGCGAGAGAAUGCGGACUGGUACUUGGAUCAGCUGAGCACUGACCGGGAGCAGAAGGCUCUGGAGCUGGGCUACGCGGACUUGCUUGAACAAGAGGAAAUCCAAGCUGGGCUUUACGUGGCCAACGAGAGAGGAGAUCAAGAGCGUGCUGUGACGCAGGCCGUGAGCCGUAUCAACGCCUCCAUUCGGAAAGGGGUAGCGGAGGAGACGGCGCGCUCCUUGGCAGAUCCUGAGGCUCAGCUGCCGGAUGUCUUCCUCUUUGCCGCGGGGCUCUAUCAGCGAGAGCUUUCUGCCCUUCAGCAGCAGCACCCACAGGGGAAGCUGGUUCAAGAGGAGCUGUUUGUCGCUGUGGAGAUGCUUUCGGCAGUGGCACUGGUCAACCAGGCCCUCAAGGACGGGGACGCCUCCAGCUUCUGGAGGAGCCUGGUCAGCCCUGCUUUGGGCCUGUCAGAGAUAGAGGAGAGCAAUGCACAGCGUUAUUUUGACGACUUGUCACAAUGGAAGCACCGAUCUCAGGACACGAAGUUUGACUUCCUGAGCUGGAACGACAUCCAGGCUUCUGUGAAUAGUGUGAAUGCCUCCGCCCAAGAAGAAAAUAAUAAAAUCCUUGCUGUCCGACUGAUCAACGAGGCUCUGGAGCAGAGCAGCCCAGAGAAAACCCUCAGAGCCCUGCUGCUUCCUUCUUCCGGCCUCUGCGAUGUGACUCUCCCUGUUGCUAAGCGUUACCAUGAUGUUUUGACCCGCAUGCGGAAGCAGAAGGCCCAGAUGGCAGGGGACACCGGAGCUAUGCUGUGGUGGGAAGAAAUCCAGGAGGGCGUCUCCAAAGCUAACCACGACACUGAAGCUGCAAAGAGAAUGGCUCUUGGCACCGCUGCCAUCAAUCAAGCCAUCAAGGAAGGGAACGCGGCACAGACAGUCAGGGUCCUGCGCAAUCCGGAUGUCUCUAUCUGCGGCGUGGCGAUGGAAUGUGCUGUCUCCUACCAGGCCCAGCUGAGUGCUCUUAUGGCUUCCAAAAAAGUCCCAGGGAACUCCAAACUACCUUGGGUCCGGCACAAGCUGAAGGAUGGGGCAGAGUAUUACUUCAGCCUGCAGAGCUUUGAAGGCUCCUGGGACCAGCCUCGCCCCUGUGCCCUCAAUGCGGAGCAUCUCAGCCGGGAGGAAAUCCAGUCCACUGUUGCCCAGGUCACAGCGGCCCACGAUCGGGAGCGUCUGUGGGAAUCGAGCACCUUGCUGGUUGUACAGCUGCAGGCCCGGAUGAGGGGCUUCCUGGCCCGGCAGGAGUUUGCAACCCAGCGGAGCUUGUGGUGCAAGCAGGUGCCAGCUGCUCUCAAGAUCCAGGCUUACUGGCGUGGGUACCAGCAACGGAGGCGUUACCUGGAAAGGCUGCGGCAUUUCCAGAAGAACACAGGUGCUGUCAUCAAGAUUCAAGCCUGGAUACGGAUGUGGCGAAUACGCAGACGAUAUCGACAGAGGUUGGCCUACUUCAGGAAGAAUGUCAAGGCUGUAAUCAAAAUCCAGGCAUUUGUACGAGCUAACAAGGCACGAGAAGAUUACAGGAUGUUGGUACACAGUGGGAAGCCACCACUCAGCAUCAUCCGGCGUUUUGCCCACCUGCUAGAACGCAGCCAGAGGGACUACUGGGAGGAACUGGAGCUGCUGGAUCUCCAGGAGACUGUGGUGAGGGGAAUCCGCUUCAACCAGCAGCUGGAGAGCGACCUCAACCUCAUGGAUAUCAAGAUUGGAUUACUGGUCAAGAACAGGAUCACCCUCCAGGAGGUGGUCUCUCACUGCAAGAAGCUGACAAAGAAGAACAAGGAGCAACUCUCUGAUCUGAUGGGCCGGAGCAAAGAGCAAGGGCUGAAGUCCCUCAGCAGGGAGAAGCGGAAGAUCCUGGAGGCUUAUCAGCACCUCUUCUACCAACUGCAGACCCACCCGGUUUAUUUGGCCCGGCUGAUCAUGCAGAUGCCCCAGAACAAGUCCACAAAGUUCAUGGAGUCUGUGGUCUUCACCCUGUACAAUUACGCCUCCAACGCCAGGGAGGCCUACCUCUUGCUCCAGCUCUUCAGAAGCGCCUUGCAAGAGGAGAUUGAGUCGAAAGUCGAUCAAAUCCGUGACAUCCUCACGGGGAAUCCGACGGUUAUCCGCCUGGUGGUGAGCUUCUACCGCAAUGCCCGUGGGCAGAAUGCCUUGCGCCAGAUCUUGGAGGGCCCCGUGCAAGAGGUCCUGCAGAACAAGACCCUGAGCAUCCGUACCAGCCCGGUGGAAAUUUACAGAGGGUGGAUCAACCAGACGGAGUGUCAGAGCGGGCAGAAAAGCAAUCUCCCGUACGAUGUCAGCCCUGAGCAAGCCCUGGGUCACCCUGAGGUGCAGAGGAGGUUGGACAUUUCCAUCCGCAAUCUCCUGGUGGUGACGGACAAGUUCCUCUCGGCCAUUACGUCUUCUGUGGACCAAAUUCCUUAUGGGAUGCGCUACAUUGCCAAAGUCUUGAAGACAUCCUUACGAGAGAAGUUUCCGAAUUCUACAGAGGACGAUAUCUACAAGGUUGUUGGGAACCUGCUCUACUACCGUUUCAUGAACCCGGCUGUGGUGGCCCCUGAUGGCUUUGAUAUUGUUGACGUCUCGGCUGGGGUAGCGCUCCACCCCGACCACAGGCGCAACCUGGGCUCCAUUGCGAAGGUCUUGCAGCACGCUGCUGCCAACCAACUCUUUGAAGGGGAAAACAGCCACUUGCGGGUGGUGAACCAGUACCUAGAGGAAACCCACCUUAAAUUCAGAAGAUUCAUCAGUGCUGCCUGUUCUGUCCCUGAACCAGAAGAGAGGUUUAAUGUCGACAAGUAUUCAGAGAUGGUGGCCAUCACAAAGCCAGUGGUCUACAUAACAGUUGGAGAGCUAAUUAACACACAUAAGUUGCUGCUGGAGCACCAGCGUUCUGUGGCUCCUGAUCCUCGAGACCCUCUACACGAACUUCUAGAAGACCUUGGAGGCUUGCCCACCACCCAGUCUCUAAUGGGCGACAGUGUGGGAAAUGGAGCCAGUGGGACUUCGGAGCAAACUCUGACUCAGCUCGCCAAGACGGAAAUUUCACUCAUCCUUGGCAACAAAUUUGAUGUGGCAGAGGCCAAUAUUGAGGGGGGAAAGGAUACGGAAAGCUUGUUAUUGAGUACUAAGCAGAUGCUGGUCGAUGUGAUCCAGUUCCAACCUGGUGAUUCUCUUGUGGAGAUACUGCAGACGAAGGCAUCAGAGGAUCAGGAAGCCCUCCACCACCACCUUAUGAAGAGAAGGGCCCAAGUCCCAGACAAGUUGAGAUGCAACCACACUCUGGUCAGUAACAGCCACCUCUCAAUAGCAGAGAAGCAGCGGAUCAUCCUCAAGAAUCUGCGGCGCCUUGAGAGCCUGGGCAUGGUAGAUUCUGCCAACCAGUACCAGGACAUCAUCAAUGAGAUGGCCAAGGACAUCCGCAACCAGAGGAAGUACCGACAACACCGCAAGACGGAGCUGGCCAAGCUGCGCCAGACUCUGCACAGCCUCAGCGCUAAGAGGGUGUUUUUUGAGGAGCAGGUCGACUACUACAACCAGUACAUCCGGACGUGCCUGGACAACCUGGCAGUUAGAAACAAGCCCAGCAAGAAACAGGCAACCUUGCAUUACACGGCAGCCCGCCUCUUUGAGAAAGGUGUUUUGCUGGAGAUUGAAGACCUCCCAGCCAGCCAACUCAGGAAUGUGAUAUUUGAAAUAAUCCCGUGUGGUGAAGCUGGCAAGUUCCAGGUGAAGGCAAAAUUUAUGGGAGUUGACAUGGAGAAGUUUCAGCUCCACUACCAGGACCUCCUCCAGCUCCAGUAUGAGGGUGUCGCCAUCAUGAAAAUGUUUGACAAAGCCAGAAUCAACGUCAACCUCCUGAUCUUCCUCCUCAACAAGAAGUUUUUCAAGAAAUAACUGAAGGCCUGGGGGGGGGGGUCAAAUGGCACCAAUGUCUUCUAGGGGUGGCUCAAUGGUACCAAAGAGACAGUGGUGCUCAUAGUGCUUUUGUGUUGAACCGCAAGCAAGCCCACGAUAAUAGACUCAAAAGUUCCUGAUUCUGGCUUAAUUCUCGCUGGGGUGAUGGUCAACCUGCAUCCAGGCCUGGACCACUUCCAAAAGACAGGAUGGAAUGCUUCUCUGUACAAAUUUUUGUUUUCUUUUAAUCCUUGCGUGUAGAAUGCGUGCAUCUUGGGGAGAAGUCUAAGCUAGAACUGUUCUCUCUGGGAUGGUUUACAAUGUGCUGGGAAUUUGCUUGUACCAUGGGGUCUUCCAUAAUAAUGUGGGCCCCCACGUACAGCCACUAGAUGCAAGUAUUUUUAAAGUCACAAAGGCUGGAUUUAUCAGAGAGGGGAGGGGGGGUAUUUAUGCUGGCCCUGUGUCCUGUGCCAGCCUUCCCCAAGCUGAUGCCCUCCAGAUGUUUUGGUCUACAGCUCCCAUCGGCCCUAGCCAGUGCAAGCUGGUAUCAAUAGUCCAAAACAUCUGGAGCGCACCAGAUUGGAGAAAACCACACUUCAACAGCCAGUCUGAUUAAGAAUCAACCAUACACUCCCCAAUUAGUGAUAGAUGGAAAUUUUAUGCACCAGGAAAUUUUUACUCCUAUUUUGCUUUGUUUUUCUCUCUCUGGUUUCUACUGAUUCCAUAUGUGCCUGUAUUACUUCCUUCUUUGAUGCAACUACAACAGAAAAUAAGUUGCAAUAGACUUAACAUUAGAGAUACCAAAGACCCUCAACUGUUGUGUUUUUUUAAAUUCCAGUGUGCUUAAAGAAAGUUAUUUAUAUCAGUGCAUUUUUUAAAAUAAUGCUUGGAAUGCUAUUGCAAAAAUACUGAAAAUUAAGGGCCCCUGUCUGAUGUCUGGAAUUCCAAGUAUUGACCGGCAAAAGUUUAUUUAUGAUAUCUAGUUUGCAUUGAUGCUGUUAGCUGCUGGGUUAUAUCAUUGUUGCUGCUGGGUUAUAUCAUUAUUCCACCAUCCAGUAGCAUUUAGAUUUGGUUUAUGUAAUUCCUGAACCAGUGGAAGUCUAGUGAGCUUUUUAAAAAGUUACCGUAUAUAUUCAAGGGAUUUGAAAAUAAAUAAAUAGAAUUAUAUUUAAUUUGUGGGUCAUAAUUCACUCUUAAUAGAGUUUCACAGAUGAGUGCUUGAGACAGCAUUCGCCAACCUGGUUCCCUCCAGAUACUUCUGAUGACAACUCCCAUUGACCCCAGCUGGCAUGGCCAUUUUGGGCCACAAUUAUUUAUUGGUAGCAUUUACAACAGAGAGUGAAAAGGUUCCUUCUGAAUAUGGUUUAGUUAAGUCUGCCUCUUGAGUGUUACUUAGGUCAGCCUUCACCAAAUGUCUUCAUUCCAGAUGCUUUAGACUACAAAGCCCAUCAGCAGCUACAGCUGUGGUGGCUGGGGCUGAUGGGGAUUAUAGUCAGUGACGGAGCUAGAUCAGUGGUUCUCAAACAGUGUGGCAGGAGAGGAUGGCAAGUGUGGUGUGAAGAUUCAGGGACAACCAAAGAAACAUGAAGGCAUUUCAGUGCAGUAUGGUAUUGUAAGGGUGACUUCCUACAGGGAGCCAGCCCCCAUCAUCCUAACGUCCACCUCGCCAAGCACAGGGAGCAGCAGCGGGUCUGAAGCAGCUAGCGGGGGAGGGGAAAGACUCGGAGGGAGAGAGAAACCAGCAUGCGGAACGAUGGGAAAGCUCAGGGGAGGAGAGAUGCAGGCAAGGGCUCAAGGAUGCUGGAGAGCCCUUCCACUGCCUUGACAGGGAGGAGACUGAGAGGGCAUCGCUCCUUCCGGCGCAAGAGUUAAGGAGAGCACCGCGACGCAGGUCAAGGGGGAGGCGUUUUGGGGUGCCCCGACUACUUUGCUGGCGUAAGAACAGAUGUACGCCAUUGCCGGAUUCUGAUUCAGAAUGAGAGGUCAUGUUUUAAGCUGUCUCUGCACUGUAAAUACCUUGCACAAUAAAAGUCUAUAAAGACAAACUGGACUCAAGCGGAGUUACUCUAGAGUAGCCACGACGACCCUCUGACAGGUAUGGUAUAGUAUAUUAUAAAAUAAUAAUAAUAAUAAUUUGCAGAAUAUGGAUAGAUAUCUCUUCAAAAUGAGAGCAAGAGGGUCAAGUGAUACUAGGGACAAUCCUAGUUGUGUUUUCCAGUGUUCUUCUUAUCAAUAAAAAAAAAUAGGUGGCGUGUGAGCAAGUUUUUAUUCUGAAAAUGUGGCCCAGAGGAAAAAAGUUUGAAAACCACUGAGCUAGAUAAAUUUAGACCACAGACUUAAUUGUCUUUAGAUGGUUAUGUGUAUUACUUCUAUUGUGAAGCAGUUAACAUUUUUUCCUCCCACCUCUAUCCCAUGCUUUCCAACUGCUUCUGUAUUCCUGGGAUGUUAGAUUGGGGGGGGGGACCCAAAUGAAAGCCACUUCCGUUAACUGUGAUUGAAAUGCAGAUUUGCAUUUUUAAAACUCACUUAACUUCUCCCCUAAUGCCAAAACCACCACUUAGAUAUGCUAAUUGUUCUGGUACAUAAAUGCCUUAAAUAAAUAAAUGCAUUUGCUUUGGGAUAAAGUGUCAUUUGGUGUAGAAAAUGAUAGUAUCCUUUUAAAGGGAGAGAAACAAGCAGCAUCCGUAACCAUUUGUGGGCCACCCGACCUGCCUAGCCCUACCCAUGAGGGCCAUAGCUCAAUGUCAGAGCAUCUGCUUUGUGUGCAGAAGGUCCCAGGGCUCGAUGCCCACUGGUGAUGUAUCCCUGCUUGAAACCCUGGAGAGCUGCUGCCAGUCAGUGCAGACAAUGCUGAGAUAGAUGAACCCAAUAGUCUUGGCUCCUGUGUUUCCUUUGAGCAAUAACACAGUUUUGUUGAAACACAACUCAUCGAUGCCAAAACAGAAAAUUGGCUCUGUUUCACCUCUAGUUUAGAAAAGUGGCCUCUCUUACAAACGUAGGAGAUAGAUGGAAAAACACCCGUUCCAAUUAAGAGUUGCAGAGAAGGUUGCUCCACUAGGUGGCAUCAUUAUCCAGGGAACCGGAGGCAAAGCGGACCGGUAAUCGCUGGCAGGGUUGGCCUCCGUUUUUCUCCCAGUCGGCAGCUGAUGUUGGAGGUCAAAAGGGCACCCUGCUUCAAACAGGAAAGAGGCGAGGAUGGUGAGUGAUGGAUUUUUCGACCCCUAUUUUAGAAAAAAAGUUUGCAUCCCAAGGCAGCUUUGAGGCACAGCCUGUGUCCA